AUGACAAGAUCGAUUUCCGUUUCCCUAUACCUCGCUAUUCUGUCUCUGACGAGUUUACAAGCAUCUUCAUACACCUUCAUUGAAUGUACAGAUAUCUACAAAUACAAACCUCAACCUGAUGAUCCCAAAGCACAUUAUGCGGGAGGGACUUCAGCGGGAUGUGCCACCUAUUGCUCUUCGCUCAAUACUCCCUACUUCUAUAACCAAUAUAACACCGGCACAUGCUAUUGCUCUUCGGUAACACCUUCAGCCAAUCAAUAUACCUAUGGAUCGGGUGAUCAAGCUGGAUGUGAAGGAAGCGACUACGAGAUAUACGCUAUGAAAGAUCCCAUCAUGUCGUUCAAGCUCGAAGGAUGUUAUACCACAGUGACUACUAGCCAACAUCCGGGGAAUAAACCAACUCUCGAAGCAUGUUUUGCCAGCUGUCCAUCCUCAAAAUCAGUGAUCUUCUCACCUGACUCUGAUACCAACACUUUCGACUGUAAAUGCGAUCCUGGUUCCAAUAUCAAUAGCUCAGGAGGCGGUACGACCACUUGUGGUGAAUACGCUUGGUUCGCUUACUCUAGGUCCUUGAGUAAAAGACGCAUGGAGGGGAAGAGAAGAUUAGACAAGCAGAUGGCGUUUGAUCAACAUGAAAAGGAAUGUCGGGAGGAGGAGGAAGACACGAAUGACACGUUGAGUGAUCUUACGAACGUGGUGGUUGAGACUGUUAUCGAAGAGAUUGGGUGUUAG